AUUAUAGACGAUGAUUUAUUUGAGACUACAAAAAAUGUCGACAGAUAUCAGCAACUCUAUGAGAAGAGUCUGAUUUCAUUCAAAGACAAUGUCCAAGUAUUUGACAAAGAGUGGUUUUUAGAUUAUAAGGACAACUUCAACAGUAGCGCACUUGAAUACAAGUUGAAUUGGCUUUUUUAUAAAAAGAGCUACAAGGAGUGUCUCGAUAAUCUACUGGCAUUAGAUUUAAAAAACAAUAGGGAAUUCUUCGAUUUGUCUAUUCGCUGCUUGAUAAAGCUGGAUCAGCCUGAACAGUAUCAAGAGUACAUUGAUAGUAUACCAAAAACAAUAGAAGAAAGCUACGCUAGUCAUCCUUCCUUAUCAUUCUCAUAUAAUCAACUAAAAAAUAAAAAAUUGAAAAAUAUUUCGCUUCUACCACUCGAUGACGUUAACGCCCAAGAUAGUAGACCAUUGAGAAGCGUCAGAGAACUAUAAAAUGUCAGAGGAUACAGUGAAUGAACUGACAAAGCUUUUAAUUGGCGAUAUCCUUUUCGAAAUUAUCUUAGAUACAAAAUCAACUCAAAAUAAGCAAUCAAAUCAGCUACUGUAUAAUAAUCCAUCAAAUUCUUCUAAUAAUCUCGAUUAUUGUGGUAUACAAAAAGGUACUGGCGACUUGCAAAAUCCAAAUUUUGAGUGUUUAAUUUGUAAACGUCAAAUAUCCUCCAAUAGAUAUGCACCACAUUUGAACAAUUGUCUAGGACUCGGCGGGUCACGUUUAUCAUCUAGAAAUUCUUCAAAUGCUACUAGAAAUGCUCAACCUGCCAAAGUGUCAAAACCAACACCUACGCCAGCUUCAACAACAACUACAUCUAUAAGCCAACCGGUAAAAUCAAAAUUAAACACCAAGCCACGACAGUCAUCGCCUUUAUCGACGAAUCAUAGUAUAUUACCUAGAGCAGCAUCCCCGAAUGAUUACAUAUUCAGUGAUAUUCAAUCAGCAUCUAAUCAACUAUUCUCGCCAACAAAUUCAUCAAAUUCAUCUGCAUUGUCAUCACCACCAAAAAGGAGUCUACAAGAGAAACAAAAAGAUCAAAUUACUAAUGAUUCUAAUGACUUUACACAAUCUCCUUUAUCCGAUUCUUCUUAGCUUUAUAGUGAGGCUUUAUAGCGAUAGUUGCCUGAUUUUUCGAUAGCCUUCUUAUAAGAUGGAUAUGAUUGUAAACGCUCAGCGUAGCUUUUGAUUCCCUCGCCAACAUGUUCUAAUCUACCACCAAAUGCAAGGACAUCUAUGGUGAAUCCCAACAUGAAGUCAGCGAUAGUUGGAUUCCCAUCCACAUCACCACCGACAGCCCAUCCUUGUUUACCUUUCAAUUGUUUGUCAACGAUUUCAACCGCGUUGUUAAGAUUUGGAUCAACCCAUUGGCUCAGAAUUGCGCGAGGUACAACAGCGAGUACUGAACGCAAGUACCAAGGAAUAGAUUCAAUACCUUUACUCAGGACUAACUUGAAUACACAGAAUGGCAUUAAGGAACCCUCGAUGUAGUGCUUCCAAAAUGCGUCAUCAGAGUUGGUGUAUUUUCCACCACCGUAUUUUUCAACGAGGUAUUCUAUAAUAGCACCGGACUCCGCUACGGUAUGACCGUCAUCCUCAAGGAUAGGUGCAUGUCCAAGUGGGUCAACAGCCUUCAAUUCAGGUGGGGCCAAUCCAGAAGGUAACCUUUUGUAAGUUUUCAAUUCAUACUCAAUUCCAAGUUCUUCUAAUACCCAGAGUAUUCUAACACUUCUACUGUUUUCCAAGUGAUGCAAUUUUAUCAUGAUUGUGGAU